UGCAAUUAAAUAGUAGGCUAUGAUCCUCUUUUCUUUACUUUUCUUUUUCUUUUUUCUUUUUUUCUUUUUCUUUUUCUAUUUGGCUAUUAACGGUGUUUGUUUUGUUUUUGUUUUGUUCUGUUUUUGUUUUUUAUUGUUUUCGAUUUUUUAUUUUCGCUUCUGUUAAUGUGAAAAGAAAAGAUAUAUUGAUUAAGUUUGAUAACUUUUACAAAUCAUUACAUGAAGUGUGCAUGUGUUAUAUGUUUUUCAGAUCACAACAUAGUUCUAAAUGGCUCUGUUACCGCCAGGUGGAUUGCCCGAAAUUGUCUUCUCUUUCGACACAACUGGAUCUAUGAGCAGUUGUCUAGCUGAGGUCAGAGGUCGACUGAAAGACAUGAUCCAGCGUCUCCAAGCAGACAUCCCCGCGAUCAGAAUCGCUGUGUUUGCGCAUGGGGAUUACUGCGACAAACACAAUUAUGUUACCAAGUUCGUGGACUUCACGGAUGACGUGAAGAAACUGUGUGAUUUCGUCAGUGAUGUUUCCGCCACUGGCGGGGGGGACUCGGACGAGUGUUACGAGCUGGUGCUGUACCAGGUUUAUGACGAACUCUCCUGGACGCCAGGGUCUAACCGAGCCCUCGUCAUGAUCGGGGACGCGAACCCACAUGAGCCAAACUACCCAGACAACAAAUUGAAACUAGACUGGAGAGUUGAAACGGACAACCUCGCACACAUGGGAGUAAAGAUUUAUGCUGUACAGUGCAACUCAUAUGGCACAGAAAUGUUUUAUAAGACAAUGGCGGAAAAAACGUCAGGUCGUCACCUUAAGAUGAACAGCUUUUCAAACAUCUUUGAUUUCUUGAUGGCCAUCUGCUACAGAGAACAAGGAGAGGACAUGCUGCAGGUGUACGAGAAAGAAGUCCGACAGAGAUGCGGUGACGGCAGUCUACAUAAAGAUCUGCAUGGCUUGUUUUCUACUCUGCGAGAUCCCACAACAAUUGUCGCAACUGGUUCCCCACUGUGUAAAGCCAAACCAAAACCAACGUUAAAGAAAGUGGCAAAACCAGCUUCGUUAAAAAAGGGUUCUGUGAAAAGACCUGUACUGAAAGCCAAGACCAAGAGACGAGUCAAGAGUAAAAUGUGUCCUGUUCGCCUGCUAAGAAGAGAGAAUGUUCCAGAAAACAACUUCAUGCUGAGGGAUCUCCGCUGGUCGCCGUGGGUUAAGGUUGUUUGUCCCGACAAACCAGAUGACACUUGGGAAAAGAAGAGAGGAGAAGGACGAGGGUAUCGCAAAAUGAGAAUUUUCCCGGGGAAAACUACUCUGCCAGCUUUGUAUGAGGUAGCUGUCCAAAGUCAGCGGAGAUCAAGGCGCCAUGUUGUCUUCAGCAGGUUUGCCAAACGGAUCCCGGCAGACGUGGGAUGGGAAAGUCGUCUGCUGGGAAGGAGUGACGUCAGACGCCAGGUGGACGAGGUUGUGAAGAGUGGUUGCAGUCUGUUCAUCAGGAGCGUCACUCUGAGGAGGAAAACAACUGCACAGAAUGCGCUUACGUCACUCAGACAGUAUGACUAUGCUUGGAGGAGAAUCUCACGAAAACGUUCCAAUCACAGAACAGUCGUUAAAGGCGACUUCAAAAUUUCAGAUGAGGCUUACUGAAUAACUAAUAAGAAUGUUUAGAAACGUUGAACAAUAUAUAAUGUAAUAAAAUAAUUUUAAUUUGUUUUUGUGACAUAUGUAAUUAGCGACUGUGACAUAUUCAUAUAAUUCACGUUUCAUCUAAUUACAUGCGCGUGCUGUUCUAGUAACUGUUACAUAUUUAGAAAUAGAAAUAUUUCAUUGUGUUGGUGAUGACAUUCUUUAAAGCAGAAGAACACCUUUAAACAUGGAAUACACGGCUAUAGGAACGAUAUGUGAAGUGAGUGGAGUACAUACUCAAGUGAGGGGCACGCGCACAUUUUAAAAUUAUAUACAGUGUAUAUAGUAUGACAAACGAAAUGUGUUGCACCUCAAGUUGGGGGCGUAUCCUUCGCCCCAUACCGUCUGGUUUCUACGGCCAUGGAAUAUCCAUGAUAUACCGAUUCUGGAAGUUUGUCUUGUACAUAUGUACAUAUGUAAAUAUUUAUGUAUAAUUAUUGACACGUGACAUAUGUUGUUAAAAUAUGUUUAUUAUGUGACUGUUAUCUGUUGUUGCAAUAAAUGUUCAGUGGUUUU